UAGAGAACAGGUUUAUUUGGGAGUGGCCGACGUACAAAAACACUCGCAGGAGGACAGGAAAGGGAAACACGGAGCGUCUUUCUGCACGAGAACAACAUGAUGCUGCGGACAAUGUGGCCUCUUUUCUUGGGCGUACUACUCGCAAUGCAAGGUGACUUAAAGGCUCAGGACUGUGGAGAGGCACCACUGAACAGCAGGAUAGUCGGAGGUGAGGACGCCAUGGCGGGCUGGUGGCCUUGGCAAGUCAGCAUGCACUUCACGGGCUUUCACAUUUGUGGAGGGACCUUGAUCAGCGAGGAGUGGGUGCUCACGGCAGCUCACUGCAUUACAAACACUUCAACUUCUCCAUGGCUCAUGUACUUUGGAAAACAGAAUCAGACCGGCGUAAAUCCUCAAGAGGUCUCACGCACUGUGAGCCAGGUCAUCGUUCAUGCAGACUAUAACAACGUCACAUUUGAAAACGACAUUGCCCUCUUUAAGCUGAGCAGCCCCGUCACUUACAACAACUAUAUCCGACCUGUCUGCAUGGCAAGCAGCAACAGCCAGUUCCACAACGGCACCAUGUGCUGGGCCACAGGAUGGGGCAGACUGGGGGCUGAUCAGCCAAACGUGGCCUUUGAGAGGCUGCAAGAAGUGAGGAUUCCGGUGAUUGGAAAUAGACAAUGCGGCUGCAGCUACAGCCUUUUGCCGCAUGACAUCACCAGCAACAUGCUGUGUGCCGGGGAGGAGGGCAGAGGAAUAUGCCAGGGUGAUUCAGGUGGACCUGUGCAAUGUAAACAGGGCUCGAGAUGGAUCCAGGCUGGUAUCACCAGUUUCGGCGUCCCUUGCGCCAACAGAGGUUUCCCGGAAGUCUUUGCUCGUGUGUCGUUUUUCCAGAACUGGAUCACUGAGCAAGUGGCAGGGGCAAACAUUAACUUUGUGACCCACACUGCCACUGGUGUCGACCAGGACGACAGCUUUGUUUGUGAAGGCUCUGCAACCAAAGCAAGUCUUUCGGGCCUUUGCCUGUUACUCCUCCUGGUGUUCAUUCAGGCGCUGUAACUCAUGACAGCGCGUUCUGGUACAGAAUUAGACUACACAUACAGUUCAUGGGGUUUCUUUGCAGAAUUUAGCACUUGAUCAUAUGGUAUAAAAAGUGACUUAAUCAAAAUGACCGAUUUCAUUUUCUGUACUUUGUGAACUUCACUUAUUCUUCCGUCUGUAUGCUUUCCAUACAAUGAUUCCAUCCACAUCUCACAUGCAUGCAAGCAGUGUUGUGCACGUUCAUAGUUCGCAUGAACUAGGUCAAAUGUCACUUCACACAUCGUACCGUAAUUAUCAACGAUUCACCUUCAAAUUUUUUAACUCGUUCAAUGUUCAGUUCAUUUCAUUAUUUUAGGUGAAAAAGCUCUAGCGCACCCGCGGCCCUCGUGAGGAUAAGCGGCAUAGAAAUUGAAAGGAUGGAUAGAAGAGAACGAAAGACUGACCUUCUUUUUCUAAAACUGUUCUGUAUGGUCCAAGUGGAAUUGUAGAACAAUAUUGAAUAUUCAGUGACUUUCUACAGCCACGCUACUCUGUGACAUCACAAAAGAACAGUUUAGCUACGCCCUCUGAAACUGAGCGUUUUGAGCCAUCCCAAACUUCUUUUAGGGAUCACAUCCGAAUGCGCAAACUUCAUUAUCUGAAACUUUGGUAUGGUUUAACAUAAGAUUACAACAUUCAAACUACUUUUAUAGGUCGGAAAAGCGGGAAAUAAUAGGUCCACUUUAAGAACUGCUGCAUUAUUCCGCUUGGAGUGUGCAAUGCUUCAUGGGUAAUGCAAUGUGUCGCGCCGCCGUUGAUAUAAUGUGAGCACUGAGAAUCACAUACUGUUGCAGCAGGAGUGUAAAUACCUCUCGUCAGGUAAUAGCUGGACCUAAACAGUGGUGCUGAUUGUAUUCAUUCAUUCAUGUUCUACUGCUUAUCUUCACGAGGGUUGCAGGGUUGCUGGAGCCUAUCCCAGCUGUCUUCAGGCGGAGAGGCAGAGUACACCUUGGACUGGUCGCUAGUCAAUCACAGGGCACAUAUAGACAAACAACCAUUCACACUCACAUUCAUACCUAUGGACAAUUUGGAGUCGCCAAUUAACCUAGCAUGUUUUCGGAAUGUGUGAGGAAAUCGGAGUACCUGGAAAAAAAAACACGCAUGCACGGGGAGAACAUGCAAAUUCCACACAGAGAUGGCUGAGGGUGAAAUUGAACUCGGGUCACCUAGCUGUGUGGCCUGCAUGCUAACCAGCCCUGGUGCAUUGUCACAAUCUUUAUUUACAAUUGCGUUCAAUCACAACACUGCAUGCAAGUCAACAACUCUGUAAAAAUACUGUAUAAUACGAAGAGAAGGUUUCAGUCGUUUUUAGACUACCUCAAAGUUUUGGCUUCAAAUGGACAGCUCAAAUGGACAGUGAUGUAUUAACAUAUUAACUUGCAUUGUGUGUAAAUGCAGACAUCUUUAUGACUUGAUUUUUUGCUUUAUUGUAAUAGUAAAACAAAUAAAAGAUCUGUGAUUUUAA